AUGCUGUGCUUCUCACGCUCCAUCCAGCUGCCUGGCGCGCAGGUAGCCCGGCUUUUGCUCUGCCUGCAGAGGGCUGUGUGUUCGAAGCCAGCACACAAAGACUCACUUCCUCCCGGCCAGCUUCCCAGACCGCCCUGCCCACCACCGGCGGCCGGUGGCAUUCCAGAGGCCACCACCGGGACACUCGUGUGCCCGGGUGCCAGGUACUUGGAGCAGAGGCCAUUCGGGGAGCCCUUGGAGCCGCUCAGCUGGUGAAGGUGGCGGCUGGGAUUAGCACGCCUUUUUAGGCAGCCGCGCCGCCCCACGCAGCGGAGUCUGCAAUCGCUGUACGACAGACAGGCUCUGCGUCGCCAGAGCGUCCCCGCCUGCGCUGGCCGCGGGGCAAGCUGCGGGCCGGAGCGCUCGCGGGAGGCCGAUCAACUCCCCAGAGCCUAGCCAGCAGGUUUUGUCCACCUUGUAGUGCUUUAGAACCCCAAGGUGAAGGAAGUGCUGGCCCCAAAGAUCUGCAAUGAAACCACACUUGAAGCAAUGGCGACAACGAAUGCUCUUUGGAAUAUUUGUUUGGGGGCUCCUCUUUUUGGCAAUUUUCAUCUACUUCACCAACAGCAAUCCUGCGGCACCUAUGCCCAGCUCCUUUUCCUUCCUGGAGAGCCGUGGGCUCCUGCCUCUACAGGGCAAGCAACGGGUCAUCAUGGGCGCUUUGCAGGAACCCUCUUUGCCCAGAAGUUUGGAUGCAAGCAAAGUGCUGCUGGACAGCCACCCUGAGAACCCUUUCCACCCCUGGCCUGGGGACCCACAGAAAUGGGAUCAGGCCCAAAAUGACUUGGACAAUGGGGAUGAGUUUUUUACAUCCCAGGUUGGGAGGAAAUCACAAAGCGCUUUCUAUCCCGAGGAAGACAGCUAUUUUUUUGUUGCGGAUCAGCCUGAGUUGUACCACCACAGGCAGGGUGCACUGGAGCUGCCAUCUCCAGGGGAGACAUCAUGGCGAUCAGGACCUGCUCAGCCCAAGCAGAAGCUGCUCCACCCAAGGCGAGGCAGCUUGCCUGAGGAAGCCUAUGACAGCGACAUGCUGUCGGCCUCCAUGUCCAGAGCCUUCCUGUACCGGCUCUGGAAGGGGACCGUGUCCUCUAAGAUGUUGAACCCGCGCCUGCAGAAGGCCAUGCGCUACUACAUGUCCUUCAACAAGCAUGGAGUGCGCUUCCGCAGGCGAGGUCGGCGCGAGGCUACGCGUACAGGGCCAGAGCUGCUGUGCGAGAUGCGCAGGCGUGUGCGUGUGCGCACAUUGGACGGCAGAGAGGCGCCCUUCUCAGCGCUGGGCUGGCGGCCUCUGGUACCAGGUGUACCUCUGAGCCAGUUGCACCCGCACGGUCUGAGCAGCUGCGCAGUUGUCAUGUCUGCUGGUGCCAUCCUAAACUCUUCCUUAGGGGAGGAAAUCGAUUCUCAUGAUGCAGUUUUGAGAUUUAACUCUGCCCCUACACGUGGCUAUGAGAAAGAUGUCGGAAAUAAAACCACAGUGCGCAUCAUUAAUUCUCAGAUUCUGGCCAACCCCAGCCAUCACUUCAUUGACAGUGCUUUAUAUAAAGAUGUUAUCCUGGUAGCCUGGGAUCCUGCUCCUUAUUCUGCCAAUCUUAACCUGUGGUAUAAGAAGCCAGAUUACAACCUUUUCACUCCAUAUAUCCAGCAUCGCCGGAAAUACCCAACUCAGCCAUUUUACAUUCUUCACCCCAAGUUCAUAUGGCAGCUUUGGGACAUUAUCCAGGAGAAUACAAGGGAGAAGAUACAGCCCAACCCGCCAUCUUCUGGUUUUAUUGGAAUCCUCAUCAUGAUGUCCAUGUGUAAAGAGGUGCACGUGUAUGAGUACAUCCCAUCUGUUCGACAGACAGAGCUUUGCCACUACCAUGAGCUGUACUACGACGCAGCCUGCACCUUGGGGGCCUACCACCCACUGCUCUAUGAAAAGCUACUGGUGCAGCGCCUUAACACAGGCACCCAGGCAGACUUGCAUCACAAGGGCAAGGUAGUCUUGCCAGGCUUCCAGACCCUUCGGUGUCCAGUAACCAGCCCCAACAAUACACAUUCUUAAAAUGGAACUCUUGGGAACUGAUGUGCAAUAAGGUACUACUGUUGUCCUCAAAGUCACACACACACACACACAAAAAAAAAAUACUUGAAGAUAGAUUUAGACAAUGUAUUGUCUUUAACUGUAACUUAGUGCCCAUGAGAAUUCUUUCUAGUCUAAGCCAUUGGGUUACUAUUACUGCUAUGAAUAUAGAAACGAAACUUUAAAGCCACCCAAGAAAGAAGCCAAAAUAAGAUGUAUAGAAAACAGAUUUUUACUCAUGGGCAUGAUACCUCUAAACAUGUUAACCUCUACAGCAGGGACACUUUUUAUCACAGUUGGUUCCAGCCACAAGUUGAGAUGAUACUACUGAUGAUACAGUUUCCAUCAAGAAAUAUCCAAGUUGAGGUCCUGUAGCUAGCAGUCACGUAUACCUCCAUUUCUCAUUAUGCCUCCUGGAAUCUGUGAUGAAUGUCUGAGUUCUCACUCAGAUGUGUUUGACGUUUCUUCACAUAUACUGUCAGGCCCAGGAUUUUCAACAACAGCUUUGCAGUUUUGCUUCCCAGUGUUCUCUGAAUGCUACAGCUAAGAACCAAGCCACACUUACAAACGUACAAACCAUCCCUACCACACAAUCUAAGAAGUCAAACGAAACCUCUGCCAACAGCAAAGAACAGCACCUUUGUCUACCUGCAGCAUACUGUACCUAGCCAACAACAUGUAGCACACACAGGUGGUACAGGUGGUGUGUGCAGGGUUAUGACUGGUCAGGUGUCCCUAACCUGGCUUUUCAACAUUAUAUUCCUGGCUUUCCGAUCACUCUGUAGCUCUCAGAUAGACAAUGACGUACUGGGCAGUAGCAUACUUGCAGGUCAGCCAGGGGACACCCUUGUUCCUUUCAAGCUAUAAAGAAUAGCUUGGAAGCAUGCACUCUGAGCUGCAUGGGAUGCACACUUCCCUGUCACUUCUAUUGGAAGCUCUUGUAGGCUUUUCUCAACUAUUACAAACUUGAUCUCCUUGCUCUGAAUGUUAUUCAGUUUUAAGCAUAAACAGCUAGAAAUCCACCUUUGUUUUUGCAGGCAUGUUUUAUGUUAAGAAUGUGAUGGAACCACAAAAUUGUUUUUUAACAAUUAAGUUAAAACUUUUUGAAAAUGACAAUAUCAGUUUAAUUAAAUGUACAAGCCUACCCCUUGCAAAAUGUGUGGCUUUCAAAGUAUUGUGGGGAAAAAAAUGUUUCACUAUGUGUUUAUUCUGGAAUGCUCUAUUGAUUACUUCCUGAGGAAGCAAGGUUUUCAGAGACCACCAGUUUUUGUUUGGGUAUUGCCCCCUGCAGAGCUCAAGCAGGACUGCAGAUAUCCUCAGUGGCUUGCUAUAGCAGUGAAGUGAGAGAAGUUGAGCUUUCAGUCAUGAGAUAUCUGCUGGCAUCCCACUCUGAGUGACAGAGUAUCAUCUUCUGCUCAGCCUGGUCCAACCCUGUAAUCUCAUGAGAGCUCAGCCUUGUUGCCAUGCUGACAUGUCUAAUCAUCUCUGUAACUCUAGAGGAGGCAUUGUUCACGUUGUAUGAACAUUUUCUCCAGUGGUCCUUGGAGCUUUCUAGAUCUUCCAGCUUUUGCAAUUUUAAAUGAUCAUAACCAGUAAGUUUCUUUUGAUAGCCUGGAAUAGGAUUCACUUAGAGGCAUAAUUAGUAUCCAUGACAAUACCCUUUGAUGGCCUGAGAACUUGAUUAGAGAAUAACUUAUUGAGGUCAGUGUAAAUAUUCAAAUUCAAAAGCUCCACAAAACACAUCAAAGGUUAUUAAAUAUCAUUCUGUUUUUGCACAUGUAUUUUUAAAAGGUUUCUCUCAGUUUUACACGGGGUUACAAGGAAUCUGAAGAGCAUAAAGGAAAUGUAAUUAAUUUUUUUAAUUUAUUAUGGCCCUAAAGACUUGUGGGAAUCAGAGUCUGUUAAAUAUUCAGAAAAUAUGGCGCACAUAUGAAUAUGCUAUUGGCUAGUCACUCUUGUAUUUCAAAGUUUAAAUAGCUUAGCAGAUGCUCACACAAUGAUUGCUAAUAUGGUGGCUGCUUCUUGAAUUAACAAAAUGUGUCCCAACUGGCAAUAUUUUGCCAGACAUUGAUUAAAUACUUCAACCCCACAUUUACUAUCCUGAAGUGACCCAACAGUACCUGUGAAACAGCAACACUAACUAUCCUCCCACCUCAUUUUUUCCUGGAUCUGACCCUGGCUCUUCCAGAACCUUCUGACCUCUUCUGUGAAAGGACUCUGGUUAGAUCCUCAUGGUGGCACCAAAAGCCACCCGGUGCUGUUUGUUCCCUGAAGACUAACCGAUGUCAUAGUCCUUUGUGCUUUGAGAAAAAUAUCUCUAUUUCUUAUUGUUAUUAUUGUUGUUCCUAUUACAAAGAUACUAGUGUUGUCCAAAAAUGAUAAUUCAGCCACUCCAAGAUUCUCUCGAAUUUGUGUCUCUAGCUGCUCCCAUGAGGCAAGUGGUAGUGUAUAAUGAAUAUGUUAACUACAGACAACUCAGUGCAAUAAUAGGGCCAUGUGGUUGACUCUGCCUGCCACAUUAUCUGUUGCAAAUUAUGGAAAGGCAGUGGUAAUCAAACACAAAUUACAUGUAAGUAUAUAAGAUGUGCUUUAAUGGGCAAAUUCGGGGCUUGAGUACAUCUGAAUUGCUGUGUUUACCUGGUCUCUGAGCUCAAGGUGUUUUGCACUUUGCAUGUGUCUUGACCUCUUGGUCCCUUAGUCACUCAACAUGGACUUUCCAGUAGUCCUCUGUCAUUGGAGCUAUAAUAUCUGAACAAAAGUAGUGCUGUAGUGGUCAUUAAUAUUUUUUUAGACUCAAAUAUCAAAGGGCCUGGCUUACUCUGUUAUGUUUAUGAACCAAUACAUCUGUUGGAUCAGAGUUCAGCCUGUGUUGCCAGCUGACCAUACUCAUAUAGUCUGGAUUUAUUGGGCACUGUUUGGGUGCAUCAAGUAGAAUCAGUCUCCCACAAGUUAUGACGUGAUAAAAGACUUUGGUAUACAUAGGCAGCUUGAUCAAGUUUCACCAGAUUUUCUUAGAAUACAUGUAGAAUAGUCUCCAGAUCUGUCCCAUCACACUGCCAAUUUCUGUUUGACUUUCUGAUAGUCAAAUAUGACCCCAUGGCUACAUGACUGAUCAAGGCAGCUCUGUUUAGACAUAAUUAAGUUAGGUAAACCAUGCCUGCAUUUCAGCAAACUUUUUAUAUCAGGACAUUUCCAUUGUGAGAUUUUUCCACAUUUCUGUCUCUUGGUAUGUUUAGAUACUCGGUGAAUGUGUAACAGUUCUCUAGCAGCUCAAGAAAAUAAAAUGCAAAUUCUUAGUUCUUGUUUUGUUAAAUGAAUGGAGCCUUCAAUAAAGAAAGAAAAAGCAUAUUCUUUAUAAGAUUAGGGUAGUGACAUUUAAGAAUUCUUAUUCUUAACAUAAAAGUGUGCAUGUAGAUAGUUAUAUAAUUGUAUAUAUACUUAUCUACACGCAUGGUUGAUCUUAUUGUCUUUUUCAGUCAUCUUUAUAAUGAGAGCUUUACAACAAAUUUUAUUUUAGUUAUUCAAACACUAAUUUUUUUUAAGAGAAGGAAGUAAAUAUUUUAUGUCCUUCUGCAAAAAAUAAGUCAGUCUUCUGCCCUCACUACAGACACACUCAUUCUAUAUAUCUUGGCCAUAUUAACAAACAAUAACCAAAAUAUUGAAAGGUACCAUUCACAGAACCAUUCAAGUGUAGUAUUAGUCAGAAGCAUGAUAUAGCUCUGAAAAUUGAAGAGUUUGUUGAUUGUCCAUGGCUUAUAUAAGAUUAAAGGAAGAAACAUUUGUUGGUUGUAGGAAAAAUAGAUUUCAACAAAACAAGUGCAACAGUAGCAUUAAAAUCUAAGUUUACAAUACACCCCUCUUAGGCUCUAGAUAAAUAUGUAUAGAAUCUUUCCACUGGAAACCAGUGAAGUUUUUUAAAGGCUUUGGGAAUUUUUUUGUAUGAUAAUUUUUAAAACAAAAUGUGUUCUCUUCAAACUAAUUAAUGGCUUGAGGUUUUCCAAGAAGCGCAUUUUAGACGUGUUUGUACACAUUUUAACACUUGAAUAUUUUGUAUUUUGUUUUUGUAUAUUUUUAUGUGUACACAGUGUACAGAGUUGUAAAUAAAACAUGUUUUCAUUUAUCUA